AUGGCCAUCCGGGAUCAUUUCCGCCGCCGCAAAUCCAUCUCGGAAGCUAGCCAAACCAAUGGCCGCUCACCAUCAGACCCCAAGUCUCCCGCUCUCCGCCUUGCUAGGACGCUAGGAUGGCGCUCAACGAAGGAUGAGAAGCCCAAGAAGAAGGCUUCAAAGGAAAAGCCCGACCCUCGCGAACGCCCCUUCAGCGAGACCAACCUCAGACACCAAGAGAUUCUCAACGGCUUCACAUUGACUUUUGGCAAGAGCCAACCGAGUCACGAUCAAGUGCGCUCAAGCCACUACAACAAUGGUGUGAGCCCAGGCACCUCGAGACAUAACAGUGUGGCGACCGCAAGAAUCGGUUGA